AUGUCCUUUAUGCAGACAGGCCCGCAGAGCAUGCUGAAGGAUGGCUCGACGUUCGUGGACGAUCCGGUGCUGAAGAAUAUUGAGGCGUGCCGCGAGCUGUCGAAAAUUACGCGCAGCUCCAUGGGCCCGAACGGGCUGUGCAAGAUGGUCAUCAACCAUCUCAACAAGCUGUUUGUCACGCACGACGCUGCCACCAUUUUGCGCGAGCUGGAGGUGGAGCACCCCGCGGCAAAGCUGCUGGUGCAGGCUGCCAACGCCAUGCAAGAGGAGGUUGGUGAUGGCACCAACUUUGUGGUGACACUCUGUGGUGAGCUUCUUUCGCAGGCGGAGUCGCUGGUGCGCAUGGGAUUGCACCCGAGCGAGAUUGUCGAAGGCUACAAGAAGGCGGGCAACAAGAGCCUGGAGCUGCUGGACACGAUGGUGUGCAAGACCACCGAUGACUGCCUCCGAAAGGAGCAGGUGGUGGAUGCGAUCCGUACCUCGAUUGCGUCAAAGCAGUACGGGUACGAGGACUUCCUCGCGGAUCUUGUAGCGGAGGCCUGCAUCAACGUCUCCCCAUCGAACGUUCGCUCCUUCAACGUCGACAACGUGCGUGUGGUGAAACUCGACGGCGAGUCGAUUCUCUCCACGAAGCUCGUCCGUGGCUUCGUGAUCGGCCGCAACACAGAAAGCAGCGUGAAGCACCUCAAGAACGCCAAGGUGGCCGUGUACAGCUGCGCUGUGGACGUGCCGUCGUUGGAGACAAAAGGGACAGCGCUGAUUGAGAAUGCCGACGAUCUCAUCCAGUACUCACGCAAGGAGGAGGAGAUUAUGCUGGAGAUUAUCUCGAACAUUCACAAGUCUGGUGCGAACAUUAUCGUUUCGAACUCCAGCUUUGGCGAUCUGGCGCUGCACUUCAUAAAUCGCUUCGGCAUGAUGGCGGUGCGCGUCCCAUCCAAGUUCGAUCUUCGUCGUCUUUGUGCCGCCGUUGGCGCUCGCGUGUUGACCCGCCUAGACGCGCCUUCUAUGGAGGACAUGGGCGCAUGCGACUCGGUGGACGUGCUUGACAUUGGUGGCAAGAACGUGACGGCGUUUGCCCAGGACAAGGACGACUCGAAGCUCUCCACGAUUGUGGUGCGCGGCGCCACGCAGAACGUCUUGGACGACGUAGAGCGCGCCAUCGACGACGGCGUGAACGUGUUCAAGGCUUUGACGAAGGACAAGCGGCUUGUGGCGGGUGCCGGCGCGGUAGAAAUGGAACUGCAGAAAGAGCUUACCCUCUAUGCCGAAGCGAACCCUGGUCUCGACCAGUACGCUGUGCGCAAGUAUGCGUCCAGCUUCGAGGUGGUGGCUCGCACCCUUGCCGAGGUUAGUGGUUUCAACGGUACCGAUAUGGUGACGCAGCUAGAGGCCGACCACAACGCUGGGAAGAAGCACCAGGGUGUGAAUCUGAGCGAUGGCACCACGUUGGAUGCCCUGGAGGCGGGCAUUGUGGAGCCCCACAUGGUCAAGUUCUGGGCAAUUAGGCUAGCCACCGACACCGUAAUCACGGUGCUUUCUGUGAACCAGAUCAUCGUGGCGAAGCAGGCCGGUGGCCCCAAGAGCCGUCCGGACGAAGCACGCGACGCAGACUGA